AUGAACUUCGACAUGUCGUUCAACCUUGGGCGUGAAGACACCUCGCGUGACCGUCACACUCUCGCUGCGUCCACCGCCACUCUCACCGACGAGAACCCACUCGUCAGCACCUCUGGUGUCGGUGACACCGGUCACCACCAGAGCGACACCGUCCAAGCCGAACCCGACGCAGCAUCUGCUUCUCUUCCCCAGCCCGACACUCGUCACUUCCCUCCUACGCCUGACAUGGUUCAGGUGGGAAUCGCGUUGAUGAAGGAGGACGGGUCUUACGAGUCGAUCCUCCAGUCGGCCCAGGAGAAAGCGCGGGCCGCGUGGGUCUCUAACCAGCUGUCCGGCGCCGGCGAUUACACGAAGAGCCCGCUCUACCUGGCGAGCCUCGCGGACGGGCUUGCGGCAGACGAGGAGGCUGGGUACGUGGACGGCUACGUCGACGGCUACAUUAAGGGAUAUGCCGUCGGCCUUGCAGAGAAGGUGGCGUCUGGGCAGAAGUCGAUGGCGGACGCCGGAGUUGACGUCGAGAACUCGGGCGCUACAGGCGGGGCGGCGCCUCUCGCGCGUACCGGCCACAGCAUUGGUUCUCCGACGGGCUCCGCCAAGGGUGCUCAGCAGUAA